AUGAAGUCAACUGGAAAGGGAAGACACAUCCUGACAAUAUAUAUUCAGACAUAUACGGUCAGCAUCAUGAAGCUCUGGACACCUCAACUCAUGACCUUCCUCUGUAUGGUGCUACUGUCUGUGCUGGGAGUGAUGAAGGAAAAACACAGCUGGGAUGAAAUGUUCAUUGAGGAGUGCUGGGGAGAGCCAACUGUCAUUGAAUGUACCAAGAAGUGUUCUAGGGCCCUUAAAUGUACAAACAAAAAUUACACAUGCUGCUGGACCUAUUGUGGAAACAUCUGUUGGAAAAAUAAAUUUUUGUCCAAAUUUCUAACCAUUGCCUCCAUCGUCAGACCUUUCAAUGAACGCUUUUGGCCCAGUUAG